GGAGGGUUCCACAGAGCCAGGGCAGGAGCGAGCAGCGGGCAUGGCGUGGGCCGGGGGAGCAGACCCACAUGGGGACGGUCGCGGGGACAAGAGGCCGACGUGGGACAACAAGAGCCAGUACCUGCUGAGCUGCCUCGGCUUCGCCGUGGGCCUCGGCAACAUCUGGAGGUUCCCGUACCUGUGCCAGACCCAUGGUGGAGGGGCCUUCCUCAUCCCCUACCUCAUCGCGCUGGUCCUGGAGGGGAUCCCCAUCUUCUACAUCGAGCUGGCCAUCGGCCAGUGCCUGCGGAGAGGGAGCAUCGGGGUGUGGACGGCCGUCUCACCCUACCUGGGCGGAGUGGGGCUGGGCUGCCUCACCGUCUCCUUCCUGGUCAGCCUGUACUACAACACGGUCCUCUCGUGGGUGCUGUGGUACCUGCUCAACUCCUUCCAGGACCCGCUGCCCUGGAGCUCCUGCCCACUGGACAUCAACCGCACAGCGUUCGAGGCCGAGUGCCAAGCCAGCAGCACUGUGAGCUACUUCUGGUACCGGCAGACGCUGAACAUCACGGCCGACAUCAGCAACAACGGCUCCAUCCAGUGGAGGCUGCUGGCCUGCCUGGCUGCGUCCUGGGCAGUGGUGUACCUGUGUGUCAUCAGAGGCAUCGAAACCACAGGGAAGGCGAUUUAUUUCACAGCCCUGUUCCCUUAUCUGGUCCUGACGAUCUUCCUUAUCCGAGGACUCACCCUGCCUGGGGCGGUCAGAGGCUUAAUCUACCUGUUCACUCCGAAUGUGCAGACUCUCGGGAACCCGCGGGUGUGGCUGGACGCAGCCACGCAGAUUUUCUUCUCCUUGUCCCUGGCCUUCGGGGGACACAUCGCUUUUGCGAGUUACAACCCGCCCAGGAACAACUGUGAGAAGGACGCGGUGACCAUCGCCCUGGUCAACAGCAUGACUUCCCUGUACGCGUCCAUUGCCGUGUUCUCGGUUUUGGGAUUCAAGGCAGCCAACGACCAUGGGCGCUGCCUGGACAGAAACCUCCUUCGCCUCCUCAACGCGUUCGAUCUCCCCGACCAGAGCAUCUCCAGGGACGACUACGCCGCCGUCCUCGCGCACCUGAACGCCACUCAGCCCGAGAGCGUGGCCAGGCUCCCCUUGGAAGUCUGCCAGCUGGAGGACUUCCUGGAUAAGAGCGCCUCGGGCACUGGCCUGGCCUUCGUCGUCUUCACGGAGGCUGUCCUCCACAUGCCGGGCGCCCCCGGCUGGGCCGUGCUCUUCUUUGGGAUGCUGUUCACCUUGGGCUUGUCGUCCAUGUUCGGGAACAUGGAGAGCAUCAUCACACCCCUGCUGGACAUGGGAGUCGUGCGCAGAUCUGUCCCCAAGGAGGUCCUGACCGGCCUGGUCUGCCUGCUCUGCUUCCUCUCGGCGACUUGCUUCGCGCUGCAGUCGGGCAGCUACUGGCUGCAGGUGUUCGACAGCUACGCCGCUCCCCUGAACCUCAUCAUCUUCGCCUUCUUCGAGGUGGUCGGUGUCGCUUACGUGUACGGAAUGCCCCGGCAUGGUUCCCGUCACGGCAGGAGAAGUUGUACCCAGGCUGGGUGCAGGCCGCCUGCGUCCUCCUGUGCUUCCUGCCUGCACUGUGGGUCCCGGCUGUGGCACUUGUCCAGCAGCUCGCCAAGCGCAGACAGAAGCAGGACACCUGGCAGGACGGGUGCCCAAAGCUGCAGGAGGGAGGGGCCAGCUGAGGGUCGGGCUGGGGGUAGCAGGGGGGACUGGCCUAUGAGCCUCCUGCUGGCAGAGAGCUGGACCCCAUUACACACUUGCCCAGACCUUGACCUGUGGCUGCUGUUUCCCAACCCCCCUGCGUUCCGCCGACCCUGCUCACCGCACAGCCCAGAUCAGUGACCACAGUCCACGCUGUCCCUCUAGCCCCUAGGGCCCUGCCCUCUGGGGUGACACACGGAGCUAUCUGUGGGGCCGCAUAUUGUGCCCAGUGAGUCCACAUAAGGGCUGAAGGGCAGGCGGGCCCCGAGGCCACGCGGCUGGCAGAGCAGCCCGAAGAGGCGCACGUCACAGCUCUGCAGUGGGGCGCAUGGAGGCUGUCCCCGCGGCGGACGGAAGGGCAGCCCCUUUCUGUGCCAAGACCAUUUGGGGCAUGGGCGGGUCUGUUGGGACCUGUACGGACCCUCUCGGUCAGCCGGAGCCCGGGUCUGUGUCGAGACCCAGGCCUCCUGUGUGCAGGGAACCCUCACUGCGUCCACGGCCUGGCUCCUCCCGCCCCAGGACGGGGCCUCCCCGCACGAGCACAGGAAGGUGCUAGACGCUCUCCUGACCUUAUUGCCGAGAAACACCACUGUUCUUUAAAGAUUUCCUCAGAGACUCAAAUGUGGGUCAAGAAAGUCCAAAAAGGCUGAUUCUCUCUCAUCCGUGAAGCAGAGAUCAGGUCUCAGGGGCUGGCCCAGACACACAGGCUUGGUCUUGACUUGCCACAGCCCGAGUGCACGCUUCAUGCUGCGGGGGUGAAACCGUGGCUCGACGGAGAACGGAGCGAGGCGCUGUCCACAGUGCUGAAAGGCCGCCGUGAGCCUGGUCCAUACGUGCUUGCUGGGGCUGCCCUUGUCCAGGCCACCCAGACCCCGGGAAACAGAAGCUCCUGCUCCAAUGUCCCUCUCAGAGGAGCUGAGUAUUAAGAUGAAGCGAGCCCAAGAACACCCCCCGAAGUGUGCCCCGAGCCCCGUGGGUAGGGUGAGCCAUGCUAUGACCCUUGGCUUGUGGCUCCUUCCUCCAGCAAAAAUCCAGCAAGGCCGGUGAGUCCUCGCCGUGUCUUUCCAACACCGUCUCCUCAUGCUGGGGUUUCCCUGCGCGCAGCUGGAUAAUUUAGGAUGAUCUCCCCAUCCCGAGGUCAACUGAUUGGCUCCCUAACCCCACUGCACCCACAGUCCCCUGUGCCACAUCAGGGAGCACUCCCAGGCUCUGCGGUCAGGGCAGAGGCACCUUUGGGGCGUCAUUGUUCCACUUCCCACGGUGCCUGGGGGAUUCUGGGCCCUUCACGGCGUCCUCACAGGUGAGCAAGGUGUCCAGGUUCACGCACACACCUGGGGGAUGGCAGGUGAGGUCCUGGGAGCACCAGCACUCAAGCCACUCUUCCUCCUGCCACGGAACACAGCAGUCAGCAAGCCUUCCAACGCGCAGCGCAGACCCAGGAAACACCAGAAAACUGGGGUCUUUUCCUUUGCUUUAAAAAUCUCAUUUUCACU